AUGGCCUCGGCUAUUACAGUGCAGGAAGAUGCAUUGUAUGAAUGGGAUGCAGCAAUUGGCACAGGGCUUCCAAGCUUCGACCUUGGGGACGGUGUUCCAAGUACAUUCGCCAACAGAGGACCAGGCUUUACAUCAUUUGGAGAUGCACUGUCUUACUCUUGUGCUGGCAUGACUGAUUUGAUUCUAUAUAAAAAUAUUCAACCAGAAUAA